UGCAGGGCACUUGUUAGCGCAUCGGCCGGACUACUUUCAAUAUGUCGGCUCCCAGGAAGCGCAUCUCGGCCGUAGUAUUUUGUACGAUCGCGAUUUCUGUCAGUUUUAUUCAGCAUGCGGCAUGUAAUACAGAUGAAAAGGUGGAAGAGUUCUUCAAGAGUGGUCACACCAACAACUGGGCAGUGCUGGUGGACACAUCUCGGUUCUGGUUCAACUACCGCCAUGUUGCCAACGUCCUCUCCAUCUACAGGAGCGUCAAGCGACUUGGGAUUCCUGACAGUCGUAUUAUCCUGAUGGUGGCAGAUGACAUGGCAUGCAACCCAAGGAACCCCCGUCCUGCAACGGUCUUCAACAAUGCCAACCAGCACAUCAAUGUAUACGGAGAUGAUGUGGAGGUGGAUUACCGGGGAUAUGAGGUGACAGUGGAGAACUUCAUCCGGGUGUUGACAGGACGUCUACCACCGAGUACACCACGGUCAAAACGAUUGCUGUCAGAUGAACGCAGCAAUAUCCUUGUGUAUAUGACAGGACACGGAGGAGAUGGUUUCCUGAAGUUCCAAGAUGCUGAGGAGGUGUCGAACGUGGAACUGGCUGACGCCUUCCAGCAAAUGUGGACCAAGCGCAGAUACCAUGAGCUGUUCUUUAUGAUUGACACAUGUCAGGCAGAGUCCAUGUUCCAGAAGUUCUACUCCCCCAACAUCCUGGCUGUAGCCAGCAGCAAGAUCGGAGAGGACUCCCUGUCGCAUCACGUGGACCCAGCACUUGGCGUGGACGUCAUUGACAGAUACACUUACUAUGCUUUGGAGUUCCUUGAGAAGGUCAAUCCAUCUGGCAAACAGACAGUAGGACAGUUUCUGCGGGUGUGUCCGAAGAGCCAAUGUAUCUCUACUGUAAGUGUACGCAAAGACCUGUUCAAGCGAGACCCAGACAAGGUGCCACUCACAGACUUCUUCGGCAGUGUCAGAAAUGUGGAGAUUUUACCUGAAACCAUCACCCUGAAGAACGUGUCUCUAGACAAGAAGCAGGACAGUUGUGGCAAGGAUGGCUGUCCUACAGAUGCCCAAGAGGAAGGAAUGAAAUAUGCAGAACAGUUUCCCAUGCCAGUGUGAGACAUUCCAUGUACACACACCUUGGCUCAACAGAACCAAUGCCAAGGUUCAAACCUUUAGUCUUUCUCUCUAAGAUCAGGAGAGCAACAUUUAUGAACCCGAAAUUUUUAAAUAUGUAUUUUUUGACAAAGUGCAAUAUUGUCUCUCCUGUAGUGAGGCUAAUUUGCAUUUUGACUGAAAAUCAGUUGAACCCCCUGAAACACACACACACACACACACACACACCUUGGCUUGGCCAAUACAAAUUUCAAUGUGGUCUUUAGUCAUUUUCAAAAUGGGGGGUUCCUGGGGCCGAACUGUCGAUCCGUUGGAUCCGCCAAUGCAGGUAUACAAUGGAAUCAUCCAUAUCUGCUGAGUUUGCAUUUUGAUAAACCUACGUGAACCAUAUGAUCAAUCUUAGAUUACCUGCCUCAGAUUAGCAACAUUUUAUUGACCAAUCAAAUGUGGAGAUAAGGCAAUGGGUAAGGGAGGCAACUUGUAAAUCCAAGCUAACAAAGCAACCAGGUCUAAUGGACAUAGAAAUAUUUGAGGCCUCUUCUUUGCGUGUCAGCCAUGUUAUUUAAUUAUUGAAUUUCUUGCAAACCCUAUUGUAAUCAAUGGUCAUUUGCCAUCAUGUUGAUAUCACCAAUCUAACACUGAGGCUGGUUUGUAACCCGCUCUCUGAUUGGUCCACUAGACUGGGAAGCGUAGCAAUUGAAAAAUUGGUUAAAGAAAAUCCACUGCUGGUAAUUUAAGAUCGCAAAAUCGCAAGACCUGGACAUGCAGAGAAUGGUACAAUGGUAGCUCCCUUCGAUACAACGAUCCUUUGUCACAUUCCUGUCAUUGUGGAGGAUACCCAUGCAUUAUUUAUGAUGCUCAAACUGUUUUCUACUUUUUCAUUUAAAGAGUUUGUGAAAUCUC